UGAUGAAUAUUGCAAAUGUUUUAUAUUUUUAAUGAGAUCAUGUUGAAAAGUAAAUUCACUAUAAAGUUUCCACAGGCCGUAAUGAUUGUGACCCUGGGGAUGGUUUCUAUGGUAUCUGCUGAGAAUCUUAACCCUAUUCGUGCUUCAUACAACACCAGAUAUGCUACUGAAGGAGAAUUUCCAUUUAUGGGUUACAUGAUAGAAGGUAAUAAAUCGUGUGGUUUGACGUUAAUAUCGAAGACGGUUACCGUUUCAGCAGGGCACUGUUUCGUUAGAAUUGAUAAGUUUGGAAAUACAAGUUAUAUAGAUCUGUCAGAUACGAUAGCGUUGUUUGGCUCUCUGUUACGCGGAAAAGGCGAAGUUGCAACAAUAAAAGGCUACUCUGUUUCACCAAACUUUAAAAAGUCUAAAAGAUCCCAUUUCAUCGCCGAUAUAGGUAUAGGGUAUUUAAAUAAGCCGUUGAAGUUUUCAAAUAAUAUCCAGCCGGCCACUGUCGCAUCAACUGAUCCGAAAGAAUUUCGCAAAGCAUGGGAUGAAGUAGUAAAAAACAAAAAACCAUGCUUUGCCAUGGGUUGGGCAAUAUUACAACAUAUUGCAAUUCAAAUUUAUUUGAAUUCUAUUUCGGAUUUCUUGAGAGUGAGUGCAUUUAGAGUCUUGAGCGAUGAAGAUUGUACAAAAAUGAUUAUGGUGGAUGAGGUGAACAACAUUGUGCCCUAUGGCGGUAUCUGUGCUGAACCAAUGAUAUUGAACGAGGACAGCUACGCUGGUGAAGAAGGAGCAGCUUUGUACUGCGAAGGGAAUGUGUUCGGUGUGUUAACUUUUCUACGGGUGAAACAUAAAUUCGUAAUAACAGAGUUCAUUCUAUUGAAGGAAUACCUCUCCCAUAUUGACGACGGCGUUUCUGUAAAAUCCAUUAAAAAGAGUCUUCUUUUUGUAUCAACGAUUCUCCCUUACGUAAUUACCUGCACAUUUAUAAGAAAGUAAAAUCAUAACAAAAAAUAAAUUGUCAUA